AUGGAAUACAGGCCUCGGUAUACUCAGCCGUUCACGCUGGAAGAGGCGAGGCUGCUAGACGUGCCAAUCAUCAGCGAGGAGAUUACUCGUUUGCAGAACUCCGUCGCGCAUCUGCAGCGAACGCAGGAUGAACUGCAGGAUGCACUGUCCACCAGUCCGGGUGAUACCGAUCUCACUGAGGCCUUCGAAGAAAACGAGGUUGUCAUUGGCUCACAAAAGGAGAGGAUAACAAUCUUGCGGAUGGUUUUGGUCGAAAAAGGCCUACCGAUGGGCCCACACUACGACGUGCAACCUCUAGCAAGGGACCGACCUGCUGGCAGCACCGUUCCGGCCGUCGCACCUGUACAGCCUAACGGAGCACACUCUCACAAUGAUAGGGUAAGGAGCAGCAUAUCCACCUCGCGCAAUGGACUCUCAGACGGCGAUGGGGACGAGGACGAUGGUGUGUACCUGUAG